UUUAACCUGUCCCGUUGCCCUUCAUUGUUGUCGCUCAACUGCUUGUUCUUCCUCCUCAUAAAUCAGAAGUUUGCUUCAUUGGCUGCUGCCCCGGCUACUCCCUCCGCUCCAUAGAACAUCAUGGGUGAUAAUCUGCAUGUUCCACACGAAGAAACAAAAGGGAUUGUUGAAGACACCGUGGAUGGGAGACUAGAUGUGUAUAUAUGGGACAUGGAUGAGACACUUAUACUGCUCAAGUCCUUGUUGAAUGGGAUGUAUGCUGAGGCUUUCAAUGGUUUGAAGGACGCCCAGAAGGGUGUAGAAAUCGGGAAGAUGUGGGAGAAACACAUUCUUGAUUUGUGUGACAGUCAUUUCUUCUAUGAACAAAUUGAGAACUACAAUAAGCCAUUUCUUGAUGCCUUGCUCCAAUAUGAUGACGGGAAGGAUCUUUCUGGUUACAAAUUUGACCAAGAUGGGUUUGGUCCACCACAUGAUGAUGACAACAAAAGAAAACUAGCUUACAGGCACAGAUACAUAGCCCAAAAGUAUGAAAAGGGCUUGCAUAACUUUUUUGAUCAAGAGACAAUGAAACUCUGGGAUGAAUUGUAUGAUGUCACUGAUAAGUAUACAGAUGGAUGGCUUUCGUCAGCACGGGCCUUCUUGGAGCAGUGUUCGAGUGGGAAGAAAGAUGCAACGUCUUCUGUUGCCCCUGCUGUCGGGGUCCUUGACUCUCCUGAUUCAAAUUAUCAGCAGGUUAAUGUUUUAGUGACUUCUGGGUCACUGAUACCCAGCCUUGUCAAAUGCUUGCUCUUUCGUCUUGACGGUAUAAUAACACAUGGAAAUGUUUACAGCUCAUGGGAAGUGGGGAAAGUCCAAUGUUUUCAAUGGAUCAAGGAGCGUUUUAGCUGUUCAAAUGUUCGUUUUUGUGUAAUUGGGGAUGGAUGGGAAGAAUGUGAAGCUGCACAAGCCAUGAGAUGGCCAUUUGUUAAGAUUGAUCUGCGACCAGGCAGUUCUCACAGGUUUCCUGGCCUCACAUUGAGAACAGUAGGUUACUAUUUCUCUGUUGUAUAUGGAAGCCCCGAUGCUGAAGAUGACAAAGAUUAAGUCUCAUCCUGUGCACUAGUAAGCUGUUUUCCUGGGAGUUUCUAUCUGUAUAUAGAAAGAAAGAAGCAUUCACGGAAGUCUCAGUUUUUGUAUAAAUGAUGUGAAUUAGACGACCACAACCGAUUAAUAGGCCAUAUGCUAAUUGAAAUAGGAAAUUAGAGAGGUGAAAGAAUAUUUUUCCCUGAACAUUGCCUUGUAAACAUGGUUAUGGUCAUCUGGCCAGACUCUUUCUUUAAGAGUUCUCUUAGAACCCAUUGCUUUUUGUAUUUAUUACAUCAAAUGUUUGUUAAGAUCCUAAUGUCUCCUUUUCUUGAAGUAAAUGUCUCCUUUAUAUUUAACA